AAGCCAUCGAGCUUUCAGACUUAUUUUGAAAAGCGUCCAUGUCAUGGCAUUUUCCCCGCACGUCCUGGUAAACACCUCUGACAUGAUCUUGUAGUUUUUUUUCUCUAUCUCAGUAUCAAGAGAGAGAGAAGUUAAAAUGACCAAUCCACUGAGAGGAGAGGUGAUCAGAUUGUACAAAAAUCUUUUGUAUCUUGGACGGGAAUAUCCAAAAGGCACUGCAUACUUCAGGGAGCGUCUGAAAGCCGCUUUCAUGAAGAACAAAGAUGUCACAGAUCCUGAGAAAAUCCAAAAGCUGAUUGACCGUGGAGAUUUUGUGAUCAAAGAACUCGAGGCACUUUACUUCCUCAGGAAAUACAGAGCAAUGAAGAAACGCUAUUACGAACCAGAGCAUUAAUCAACAAUGUUUUCUGUCACAAGUGCCAGACUAUAUAUAUGUAUCAAAAGUUUUUGAAUAUCUGUAUCUGAUGUGUUGCACUAUGACUGAUUUGGACAUAAACGUUUAUUUUUAUUACUACAUCUUUGUUACAUUUACAAUUUAGCUGUUAAUUGUAAUGAAAGUGACAUGUUUCUUAGGUAUGUAUGCAUGCAUGUUUAUUUAAAGACCUUCAGUUUAAUGGUGUUUGAGUAGAUAACUCUACUUCACAGAAAGCAAAGUUAGUUUUUCCAAAGGAUUUCUCCAGCUCCUGCACCAGGUCAAGAUUACCCGACCUACUGGAAACCUUUUAAUGCAAAUAAUUGAAAAUUGAAAAAGUUAUGGAAAUAUAUAUGUCAAUUUA